GAGUCCGGACACCUCAUUGAUUCAAGGUCCUAUCCAUUGUGCAACUGGAAACAGUGAAGUUUGGGAAUCACAAAUAUAGAACCGAUGUAGUUUAAGUGAAUGUUUAAUUACACGGAUUUGUUUCUUGGAUUUUUGUAUUGCAUACGAGAUGGUUUGCAUGCUGAAAGAGUUGGCGGUGCAGCUGUUUGAUGUAGGAGCAGUGCGUCUUGGUGACAUCGAAGCAAAAGUCGGACGCAGGACGCCGAUAUACUUCGACCUGAGAGUCGUUGUAUCUCAUCCAAAGAUUAUGAUGGCAAUCGCACGACACUUACAAAUCUUAGCUUCGGAAAUAAACCACGAUAUCCUGUGCGGCGUGCCCUAUGCCGCACUUCCUUUCGCUGCUGUUAUGUCCGUCAAUACAAAUACUCCCAUGAUUAUGAAAAGGAAAGAAACAAAACUUUAUGCAACGAAGAAAAUUCUCGAAGGAGUUUUUGAGCAAAAUCAAAACUGCCUCGUAGUUGAAGAUGUAGUGACAUCUGGCGGCAGCUUGUUAGAAACUGUUCAUACUCUUCGCAAAGAGGGAUUAUCUGUGACCGACGCCGUAAUAGUUCUUGAGAGGGAGCAAGGUGGCGCUAGUGUACUCAAAGCAAAUGGCGUCGACGUGAAAUCAAUAUUUACGAUGUCUGAAUUAGUAAAAAUACUCCGAGAUGCCGGCAGGAUAAGCGAUGAAACAGUUGAAAUUGUAUCUGAUCACAUAAAAGAAUGCCAAUUUGGUAUGAAAGAUAACUUUGAACAUAUUAUACAAUAA